AUAACAAGCUGAGAUUAGGAGCACUCCCUUUAAGGUGAGUCAUCACAAUGAGCAGAAGAGAAUAGAGGGACACGCCACCUGCCUCUGCAUGGACAGAUACCUCGCUGAGCAAUGACGGCAAGAAAAUAAAGGGAACUAUCACAUCCAAUCUUGCGACUGCAAACACUGAACAAUGCCAUAGCACCGCACUGAUCAGUAUUCUCAGUGAUCCAUUAUUGCAGGCUGCUGUUGGAGUGACGAUCGGACAGGAAGAAGCCUGACAAAGUAUAAUGUCAUCCCUCUAACUUUCAUCACCUUUAAAUGAAUUCCUGAAGAUUCCAGGUCUGAAGAUGCCAGAAAUUAAAGUUACCCCACUCGGUGCCGGUCAGGAUGUGGGGCGCAGCUGUAUUUUGGUCUCUAUUGGAGGGAAGAAUGUGAUGCUGGAUUGUGGGAUGCACAUGGGAUACAAUGACGAUCGACGGUUCCCGGACUUCUCUUACAUCACACAGAAUGGACGUCUUACCGAGUUUUUGGAUUGUGUUAUCAUCAGCCACUUUCACCUGGACCAUUGCGGAGCGCUGCCGUACAUGAGCGAGAUGGUCGGGUUUGACGGGCCCAUUUACAUGACUCACCCCACUAAAGCCAUCUGCCCCCUCCUGCUGGAAGAUUACAGGAAGAUCACUGUGGACAAGAAAGGGGAAACCAACUUUUUCACCUCUCAGAUGAUUAAAGAUUGCAUGAAGAAAGUAGUGGCUGUGAACCUCCACCAAACUGUGCAGGUUGAUGAUGAGCUAGAAAUUAAGGCCUACUACGCAGGACAUGUUUUGGGAGCAGCCAUGUUUCUGAUUAAAGUUGGCUCCGAAUCUGUUGUAUAUACGGGAGAUUACAAUAUGACUCCAGAUCGGCAUUUGGGAGCCGCAUGGAUUGAUAAAUGUCGCCCAGACAUGCUCAUUACUGAGUCCACCUAUGCAACGACUAUACGAGAUUCUAAGCGAUGCCGUGAGCGAGACUUCCUGAAGAAGGUCCAUGAGAGUGUAGAAAGGGGUGGAAAGGUUCUCAUUCCUGUAUUCGCCCUGGGGAGAGCUCAGGAGCUCUGCAUCCUUUUGGAAACAUUCUGGGAGCGGAUGAACCUGAAGGCCCCCAUCUACUUCUCCACGGGUCUAACCGAGAAGGCGAACCACUACUACAAGCUCUUCAUUACUUGGACGAACCAGAAGAUCAGGAAGACCUUCGUACAGAGGAACAUGUUUGAGUUUAAGCACAUUAAGGCCUUCGACAGAGCUUUUGCAGAUAACCCUGGUCCAAUGGUGGUGUUUGCCACCCCAGGAAUGUUACACGCUGGUCAGUCUUUGCAGAUUUUCCGCAAGUGGGCUGGGAAUGAAAAAAAUAUGGUCAUCAUGCCCGGUUACUGCGUGCAGGGCACAGUGGGGCACAAGAUCUUAAGCGGCCAACGGAAAUUGGAGAUGGAGGGGAGACAGACGCUGGAAGUCAAAAUGCAAGUGGAGUAUAUGUCCUUCAGCGCCCAUGCCGAUGCCAAGGGUAUCAUGCAGCUCAUUCGCCAGGCAGAGCCCCGGAAUGUACUGCUGGUCCAUGGAGAAGCCAAAAAGAUGGAGUUCCUCAAGCAGAAGAUUGAGCAAGAGUUUCAUAUCCAGUGUUACAUGCCUUUCAAUGGCGAGACGGCCACCAUUGUCACCAACCCUAACAUACCAGUGGAUAUCUCGUUGGGGCUGCUGAAGAAGGAGAGCGCGCUCAGUCUUGUGCCAGAUGCUAAGAAGCCCAGACUGAUGCAUGGAACCCUGAUAAUGAAAGACAAUAGUCUGCGUCUUGUGUCACCCGAGCAGGCCUUGAAGGAAAUCGGUCUGGGUGAGCACCAGCUGAGGUUCACCUGUAGGGUGCACAUUCAAGACCCCCACAAAGAACAGGAGACAGUGCUGCGUAUAUUCAACCACCUGAAGAGCAUUCUGAAGGAUCGCUCAGUACAGCACAUGCCUGAUGGCUCAAUCAUGGUAGAAUCCAUCCUCCUCCAGGUCUCCACCAGUUCUGAUGACCCCGGUACUAAAGAUCUUCUCAUAUCUUGGACAUAUCAGGAUGAAGAGUUGGGGAGUUUCCUGACAUCCCUGCUCAAAAAGGGUUUGCCACAAGGGUCCGGCUAGAUGGCUGCCCCCCAACCCACGGGCUGAGGCGUCCCUAAAGUGACAUGGCUCUGUGAGAGGACCAGGGGCAGGAUUCCUGUCAGAACUGUGGGAUGGAAAGAGCAAGAAAAAGCACUGUAUUUUUCUGGAACAUUUAAAAGGGGCUGCCCAGGACUAACAACAGGAACGAUUAUGAAAUAAUAAAUAAAUUAAAUAUUUUUUUUAAAUUUUUCUAGUGUUUCCAGUAACUUCCCAGAUAAUUUCUGUUCCCCACAUUGCAGUUUAGCUCGGAAUAAUGUAGAACAGUAUUUCCCAAUCUGUGUGCCUCAAGCUGUUGCAAAACUACAACUCCCAGCAUGCCCGGACAUCUGCUUUUCCACAGAAACAUUGCCAUUCCUGUCCAGGGGUUGUCUUCAGUAUUUUAUUAUAACCCUAAUUGCUUAAAUGGGGAAAAGCUGUAAUACCAGGCCCAUGGACGGAGGUGGCGCUCUUCCUGUAAAUACAUUUUUGUUUUAUGUUUAGAUUUAUUUUUUUGGGAUCCUAAACAAGCACAGACUUUUAUUUCCAUUAUGGUUGUGAAGUAAGUUGCUGGGUUUCUAUACUGGUCACUGUUACUUUAAU